CUAAAUAUACCGGCGCGGCGGGCGCGGCGCUCCCGCGAGCACGACCACAGAUAAAUAAAGAUAAGAUUGUACGCACAAACCCGCACCAAAAUACAGAUAUGCGGCGAAACAGCUACAUUCGCGACGAGUAUUACGUGAGAGCGGGCUACCGGUGCCGCGAGUCCCGCGAGCUGCUCCAGUGCCCGGUCGAGCGCUGCGACGGCUCGGGACACGUGUCGGGCAACUUCGCCACUCACCGCAGGCAAGCGAUAAUAUUCCAGUACUCGUUAAUAUUCGAGUACUCGCGAAUAUUUGAGUACUCGCAAAUAUUAUCGCGUACAAGUGAAUAUUCGCGUUUGCAUCGCGAAGUGCUCAGUGUGGUUCCGUGUCGUUAUGCGCCCCUGAACGGCAAUUUGCCCGUUUCCGCACCCGACAAAUUGACGGCGUAAUCCGAGGUUUCUCUGUGCACUAACCGCAUGACGAAAUGUUGACGUGAAAUCGUCGGAAGCAACGAUUUCGGUUUACGUGUUUAAUGUUUGAAAAGCUGACUUGUAGCAUAAAGCUUUACUUGAUUAACCAACUAAAUUAAUAAUAAAUUUGGUUAAUGCCCGGUAUCGUCCGAGUGUAUUUAAUAUAGCAUGCCUGUUUGUAGUUGUUUAUAAAAUUCCACCGAUAAGCAUCAAAAAUUUUAAGCAAAAACAAAAUUCUACUUCAAUAUCAACUUUAAAAGUUAUAAGUACCGUAAAGUAUUAUUGACUCAUUAUUAUAAUGAAAGAUCCAUUAUCUCCCAAACCUUAAAAUACCUCUUCCUAACCAAACCAAACUCUUUACUAGUUUAAACUAAAAACAAGAUAACCAACUCAUGAGUUUUUAUCCAAUAAAACUACAAAUACCAAAGAAUGCACUAACACAAACAAAUAGAACAUUUAUAUAUAGAAAUACGAUGCAUUCCCGUUCCAUCGUCUACAUUCACAUGUUACUCUUCGCAGACACAGCUA